CGAAACAUCAUUGACGUUCUGGGACGUGCAGCCUGGUUUUCAUUACGGCCACCACUGCUUACACGCACCCAGCGAGCCUCCCUGUUUAUUUUGCACAUAUCACCCGCAGCACUCACGAAUCCAUCGGAAUAACCCGCCAUGACCGUCCGCUUUACGACUUACAGGAUGGGGUUCUAUGUAGCUGUGUUCCUGCUCGCAGGAACUGUGCUCGGCCUUGACGCGCAUUUUGCUGGUAUUUUCCUACCUCAUCUCCAUCCUGACUUUACGAUCUUUGCACUGCUGAUCCCGUCUAUGACGAUCUUCGCGUUCUUGUUACUCCUCAACUUCUCUCAACCACGGAUCGAAGUCCCCGUGAUAUUCGUACUCUGGGCCCUAUGGCUAGCAAUGGGAGCUUGGUCGACUGACAUAAUCGGGCCCCUGCAAUGUGAUGCACUGACGACGGAGACAAUGCCCACGCGAAGCGGACAAAUCCGUCAGCGCGAAUAUUGCUAUGAAAUGAAGGUCAUACAGGCCUUCUCGUGGAUGAUCUUCGUCAUGUUUUCUUUUGCCUUCGGCAUACUUUUGUCUCUCGUGCAGCAAGCGGAGAGAUUUGGAAGAGUGAACAUCUGGGAAGAGCCGAUACAAGAACUGGGAUGGUUCCAUGAAAUGCCCGGAUACUACAAUUCUCACCAGCAGCCCAUGAUGCCAGCAUAUUCGUAUCCCCAGGGCUACGGGUACCAGAUGCCCCAGGUGUACGUCCAAAAUCCUCAGCAGGGCGCGGCUUGGGCAAUCCAAACAGGUCCGAAUGGCCCGACAGUUACACAAGUACCUCCGGUCAACGUAUAGCCUUCAUAUAACAAAGACAUCUUGGCACCUACGUUUGCACUGAUUCCAGAAUUCAUGUACUGUACAUCCCCAAUUGUAACUGAAAGUAUCAUAGAGUACGUAGUCUCUGAUAAGCGUGUUGGACGCGCGGCUGCCUCGUGGAAGGCGCUUUAUAAUUUCGCCCGUCGUGUUUGUUCAGUGGCUAUUGCUGCCUGUCGAAGUACCUCACAAAUCAAUGCCGCUUUUUCGAGACCAUCCAGUUCGCACGUUGAUAGCAGGUCCGUUUGCUCCUCACUGGUGCCAAUGUCACUAAACGCGGCUUAUGGAAGUGGUCAUUGCCUUCAUGGCCGCUCACGCCGUCUUCUUGGUCGCGUCGUUCUUUAAGGCACUGCAUGUAACCCAGACUUCUCUUGCUUUGCUGGCCGUUGUUGGCCUCAUGCUCUUAAUCGCGCUGCACCAUCGGAGAGACGGACAGAUCCUGUCGCAAACGCAAGAAGAGGCUUUUCUCAUCGUAUGCUUCGGGGUGCUAUGGAUAGUUGCUAUGCUUGGAUGGUAUGCAGUGAGGGAAAGCAAGGCAGAAUCGGUCAUUCCAGUCUCGGCGGCGAGCCCGAACGGGGGAAACGUUAAGGCUGCAAGGAAGCGGGUGUCUGGCUGGAGAUCGAUGAAUCCAUGCUCCCGGGAUGACGUGUAUUGUGUUAUAGAGGAUUACUACUUUUGAAUGAUCAUGGCGGCGAUUGAGAAGCGA